CCUUCCUCACUGGUCCUUGGCGUUCUCCACUGUCAUCCGAGAUCCUCCUCCGCCUCUCACUGUUUACCCACCAUCCGCCUGGCAACCGUCUGCGUGCUCUGGAUUACCAGAGGCCUUUUCUUUCAACGCCACCAUCUCUGCCUUCCUUCAACCCGGCUUUCUUUGGGAAUUAAGGGGGUGGGGGGGGGUCUGGAAGUCUGAAGUCAGAGGGACUGCAGAGGAGAGCUGGGACUGCAAGGCUGCCCACAUCCCUGACUUUCUCCUCUCUUCUUGCUUGUUGUUUGGGGAGCUUUGGUUGAAUCUGACAGGCAGGAGUGGGGGUUUGGAGGACUCCCCACACCAUGGAUCACUCUCUGUUUGGUUGUCUACGCAGCCCUCAUGCCCCAGCCCAGGGCCUGCACUCUGCCAUCACUCAAUCACCACUGACCCUGCAUGGUCGAAGCGACCAUGUCUCCUACCUGGAUCUACCCAGCUCCUCGCCACCCUAUAGCUACUCUGGAGGAGAAGACAAUGGAGUGUUUGGCAGUCCAGCCCACCGAGGUCACCUGCCCCAGCAGCACCCCCUCCACCCUCAGCACCUACCUGGUUGGCCCGUCCCCUUGCAGAUGCCCUCACCGAACGCUCGGCACAGUGGCUGCCUGCCGCCGCUCGAGGCCACGGCCCCAGAACUGUGCUCAGGGGGCCCAAACCUGUGCGGCACCAACCCAAGUCUGGGCAGUGGUGACCACACAGGGGCGACAUGUGUGUCUGGGGAAUAUAGUCGGCAGAGUCUAUCCACAGAGGACACAGACAGACGGAUCAGUAAAGGCAAGAAUGAUAGCUCAGAGUCCCAAGACGGGAGCUAUAAGUCAGACAUGAACAGCAAGCCCAGGAAGGAGCGCACAGCCUUCACCAAAGAACAGAUCCGGGAACUGGAGUCAGAGUUCGCACACCACAACUAUUUGACCAGACUGAGACGCUACGAAAUAGCUGUCAACCUCGACCUCACGGAACGACAAGUGAAGGUGUGGUUCCAGAACAGGAGGAUGAAGUGGAAGCGUGUGAAGGGAGGCCAGCAGGGGGCGGCAGCUCGGGAGAAGGAACUGGUGAAUGUGAAAAAAGGGAUGUUACUGCCGUCUGAGUUUUCAGGGAUCGUAGGACUGCAACGCUCUGCCAACUCACCGAGGCCGGGUACCGAGGACGACAGCCACGACAGUGACCAGAGCUCAGAGCAUCCUCACCUAUGACCUUCCAAUGGACAGAAACGAAGGAAACAUUGGUGAGACCAAAAAAACAACAACAAAAACAACAAAAAAACAUGUAUACAGCUUGCUGUGAGCAAAGCCUCCCUAAAGACAAUACAAUAAGACUCAGAGAACAUUCCAGAGAUGCUUUGCGUUGAUGAAAGGGCUUGGAUUUUGCACUGUCAAGGAUUUGUUCAGCCAGAUUCUACUGUACUUCUUUGAGCAAUCAGUACAAAAAAAAUGUUUGUGUUGUGUGUACAAUGAACUGAACUUAACUGACUCAUGCUUUUGAAUUUUCAUAAUUUAUCAAAACCAAGAGGUACUAAGACUGUAACCACCGUAAACUCAGACUUCUUUUUUGCAUCCUAAAAUAAUGUAACUGGUAAACGUGUUUAUCCUCUUGUUUUGCUUCUUGCUCCCUCUGAAGGUUUCCAUGCUUUUUACUUGCGAACACUUGGAUUUCCAAUGCAAAUAAAUCAGAAAAAAUUAUAAA